AUGGCGGUAGGAGGUAUCGUUGAUAACGUGGGCAGCAAAGACUACGAGGGCCGUGUGACGGCCUUCGUUGUCAUAACUUGCGUGGUGGCCGCAACGGGUGGGCUGAUUUUCGGAUACGACAUCGGUAUCUCAGGAGGAGUGACGUCGAUGGACGAAUUCCUGGAGAAGUUCUUCCCAUCCGUGUAUGCCAAAGAGAAAGACGCGUCCGGACACGAGAGCCAAUACUGCAAGUUCGAAAACCAUCUCCUCACCCUCUUCACCUCAUCCCUCUACCUGGCAGCCCUGGUGGCCUCCUUCCUCGCCUCGGCCACCACCCGUAAGUUUGGCCGCAAAAUCUCCAUGACCACUGGCGGCCUCGUUUUUCUUGUGGGCGCCGUCCUCAACGGCGCGGCCGCGAACAUUGAGAUGCUGAUCAUCGGCCGCCUUCUUCUGGGCGUCGGGGUCGGGUACGCCAACCAGUCCGUCCCCGUCUAUCUAUCCGAGAUGGCUCCACCCAAACUGAGAGGAGCUCUCAACAUCGGCUUCCAGAUGGCCAUCACAAUCGGCAUCUUCGCGGCCAACCUCGUCAACUACGGGACUGCCAAUAUGAAGGAGAACGGGUGGCGCGUGUCUCUCGCCCUGGCCGCCGCGCCCGCCCUCAUCAUGACAGUCGGCUCCGUCUUCCUCCCCGACACCCCCAACUCCUUGAUCGAGAGGGGCCAGAGGGAGAACGCGCGCGAGAUGCUCGAGAAGAUUCGCGGCACUCCCAACGUGGACGACGAGUUUGCCGACCUCGUGGAGGCAAGCCAGGCCUCGCAGCAGGUCGACAGCCCGCUGAAGACGCUCCUCGAGAGAAAGUACCGGCCCCACCUCGUGAUCACCGCCCUCAUCCCGUUUUUCCAGCAGUUCACAGGGAUCAACGUGAUUAUGUUCUACGCGCCCGUGCUCUUCAAGACGCUCGGAUUCGGGGACGACGCCUCCCUCAUGUCGGCAGUCGUGACGGGGCUCGUCAACGUGCUCGCCACGUUCGUGUCCAUCUUCACGGUGGAUAGGUUCGGGAGGAGGUUUCUAUUCUUAGAGGGGGGGAUACAGAUGUUCGUCUGCCAGAUCGGGGUGGGGGCGCUCGUGGCCUCCGUGUUUGGGGUCUCCGGCACCGGAAGCUUCAGCGCGGGGACGGGGAACCUCGCGCUGGCCCUCAUCUGUGUCUAUGUGGCGGCCUUCGCGUGGUCGUGGGGCCCGCUCGGGUGGCUAGUGCCAAGCGAAAUCCACCCACUAGAAACCAGGUCCGCGGGACAGUCCAUCAAUGUUUCUGUUAAUAUGUUCUUUACCUUCAUCAUCGGCCAGCUCUUCCUCAACAUGCUCUGCCACCUCAAGUUCGGACUCUUCUUCUUCUUCGCCGGAUGGGUGGUCAUGAUGACCUCGUUUGUCUACUUCUUCGUGCCCGAGACUAAGAAUGUGCCCAUUGAGGAGAUGAACAGAGUGUGGAAGAGCCACUGGUUCUGGGGCAAGUAUAUUCCCGAUGAUGCCGUCGGUCUGGCUCACCAUAAUAACACUGUUUGA